UGUUGAUAGAAUGCAGAUCCAGUUUCAGAUUAGAUACUUUCCCCACCACUUGCUAAAGCUACAAGCCUACAGCUACCAAACCAAACAAAAAAACAGAGGCUUAUUUGCUCAAGUCUUGUGAGUUUGGGAAAGCUAAAGACAAUGGCAAGCUUCACUUCCUCCGUUACAUGUCCUACACUUCUUCUCAAGCCUUCAGUCACAGCUAGCUCCACCGAGACUGUAUAUGGUCUUCCAAGCAUGAUUAGGAGAAGCAGUGGAGUGAAAUGCUCGAUGGAGACAAACCAGCCGAAGAAAGAGAAGAACUCAACGCCAGUUUUCUCCGCGGUGGGGGUUAUGUUGACAGCUGUGAUGAGUAGUAGCCCAGCAAUGGCGUUAGUGGACGAGAGGAUGUCAACGGAAGGAACAGGACUACCUUUUGGUCUGAGCAAUAACCUGUUAGGUUGGAUUCUGUUGGGCGUGUUUGGUUUGAUAUGGGCUAUUUACUUUAACUACGUUUCGUCCCUCGAUGAGGAUGAUGAUUCUGGUCUUUCCCUCUGAAAGCUCCCACUCUCUGCCUCUCUCUCAUUUUUAAGUGAACAUGAAGUGAAAAUGCUUUGUACCUUCUUGUAAAGUUUCAAGUAAAGACGCGAGAGACCUUACCUUGUGUAAAUGUGCUAUCGUGUGUGGGUUUAAUAAACUUAUUGGGCCAAUAGAAAAAAGCCCAUUAAUAUU